GGGAUCCUCUUUCACUGGUAACCAUGGAGAGAGAACAAACAGGAACCUGUUCUUAGGUUUGGUUGUCAAUUGCCACUUCCCUGGCACCACUCCUCUUUCUUUCUCUAUCUCUCUUACACAGAGGCAGAGAGAGAGAAAGGGCGAUUUAGAGACAGGUGAGUGAGAAGAACUUUUUUGCUUAUUAGGUUCCACAAACACAUUCUGGCACAUUAGCAGCAACGGGGGCUGGAAGAUGAGGAACCUGCUGACUACUCAGAACCAAAACUGCUACCGGGAGCUGAUUGAGAAGGAGGCCUACACUCGCAUGGCAUGGAAAAUGAAAUACGGCGAUGAUUACCCCAUGAGCUUCCCCUCCAGAAGGCCAAAAGUACCACAGGCCCCCAAGCUCUCCACCCCGAAGACAGUCCUGCCCCCUGUUGUGAAGCCCCCAGAGAGGAAAAAGGAGGUAGCGGCGGAACCAGUGGAGCGGACCCUCAGCGCCGCGCCGCUGAUGAGACCCGUCUCGCCCCAGACCAAGGAGACGCUGUACCAGGGCUUCUCCAAAGAAGGGAAGGGCCGUCACCUGUACCUGCGGAGGCGUGUGCAGAAAGGCCCAGAGGACAAGUUCGACUUCCCUCUGUUGUCCUCCUGGGAGUAUGGCUGGAGACUAGGUGACUAUGACAGAGACUACAGGUCCCCUGCCAACGGAAGGUCCGGAAUUGUAAGGAACACGUUUUAUGCCAGGAAUGGAAUCUUUCAUUUUCCCUCUCCAACUGAUCAACUGGGGUAGCAAGAAGUUCGCAGAUCUCCUCCUUCUCAACAUUAUAUUGAAGAAUCACUUUAUGCAAGCUGUUUAGAUAUCUAUUCCACGCUAAAAGCAAUGUUGUGAGACUUGCAUCAGAUUUGUGAAUGGUAUCACAAACAAAACGUCUUGUGGUUUUUCUUCCUUUUAACAACUUAUGAAGUAAUAGCCUACAUGUACUACGUCACCAAAUAACUUUUAAAUUUAAACAUUGUAAUUGUUAUUUUUACCAAAUGAUGUUAUAAAUGUAAUUUUAUUUAGAUACAAUUACUUGCAUGGCGUUAAAGAAGGAAUACAGUGGGUUUUAAAAAAUGUUCAAAAGCAAGCUCAGCGAAAGGACAUUUGGUAAAACAAAUGGUUUCCUAGCGACGGUGAAAUCCACACCUUGAAUCCGCAGUUCAUUAACGAGCAGAGAGUCACCCUAAAUGCUCCUGUUUUCGCUGCACUGCGUUCCCGUUUUUUAGUGCAGUAGAUUCACACCUCAACCCGA